GUCAGUUGAUGCAGCAUCCAUUGGGAAAUGCUGUUGCCAGUUGCUGAUGCCUCCUGUCGUUGCUGAACUUCUGCUUUUCCUGUUGCGAAACCUUGACGUUUCUUGUUGACUGAAUCUGGCAUCCGUGUAUUCAAUCUGCCAUCUUUCCCCGCGAAUUUCACGCCGCUGAAUCCGCUCUCCAACUCAGAAAUUCCCCCUCUCAGUACUACAAGUUCCAACAUCACGCCCGUGAGAAGCCGCAUUCACUUCUCGUUCGUCAGCAUAUGCCAUGCCAGGCGCCGUAGUUAAAGUACCAGUAACCUGUUGCUUUCCAGCAGCUUCUAGAACCUCUAGAAUUCGCUUGUCUCCCUCCGCUGGUCGCCUCUCCAACAAUCGCCAUCUCACGAUCCGCCUUCAUCAGCCGCCGGGUGGUUCGGAAAGCGUACGCGUUAAGGAGCAGACAGGCUGGUCCGCAGGCUCGUGUUUGGGGAGGAGACGAGUCGGAGUCAGUGCCUUCUUGCGAAGAAAGCAGUUAGAAGGAACUGCCAUCCAUCUGCCACUGGCACAAGAUUCUCAGGAGUUACUGCUACUGGUAGUAGGAACCCUGCCAAAAGGGAAGCACCUCGGCGGAGGCGUGGGACGGAGACGAGGGGCUGUGGUGAUUCCUGCAGCGACCGCCAAUGCUAACGUGGCGUGCGGUACAGGGAGGGAGAAGGCGGGACGCGACGCCAUCCGACGUGGCAUGCAGCUAUUUAUCGAGAACGAGGUGGAGGCGUCACUAGCUGAAUUCGAGGCCGCUUUGGAGCUGGACCCCUCCCAGAUUCCCUAUUUGUGGCAACGGGGCCUCUCACUCUUCUACCUCAACAGGUUCGCUGAAGCUUCACAGCAGUUUCGUGCCUGUAUUGCUGCGAACUCGAGAGACGCUGAAGAGUCUAUCUGGUACUUUGUGUCUGAAGCCAGAGCCAACGGUGCCGACUCCGCCAGAGAAAGCAUGCCAGAGGUGCCCCGAGACCCUGGAAAGGUUUUGAGAGCAGCGUACGACAUGUUUAAGUCUGGAGCUGACCCCUUGCAGGUGUUGGCAGCAGCAGGGGAUGACGAGGGAGGGUCAUCCGCCUUCUAUGCGCGGCUAUACGUCGGGCUCUUCUUUGAGAUCAUGGGCGAUGAGGCAACAAGCCGGAAAUACAUGCAAUCAGCAGCAGCAACAGAAUACGCAUGCAGAUCUUCAGACUACAUGGCAGCAGUGGCACGGGUGCAUUGCUUGCGACGACAAUGGCCACUACCGGUCCCUACUCUAGACAGUGAUAUUUGACAAGCUUAUACAUACAGUAUAUGAAAUAUGCGUCUGAUGGUAUUUUGUAGAAUUAUCAAAACUACCGGUUCCUGCUCUAUACAGUGAUUUGACAUGCUUAUACAUGUACUUAAGAUGAAUUUGAUGGACAGAGAGGCACACCAAUUACCACCUUC